AUGAACACUCAUCCUUUCCAGGAUGUGCCAUACAUCUUCUUGAGGACCAUCGGACACUACCUUCCGAAGUACUAUUCGCGGAUUUACCCUGAAAACACACUGGCGUAUGAGGCCCAUGCUUAA